AUGUCGGUGGCAACAGCUGCACCACUUUUAGCCCUAUUGAAGGAGGAUGACCAAGUUGCGCAAACAUAUGCCUUAGAAUCCAUCAAUGGGGUUGUAGACCAACUAUGGUCAGAAAUUUCGAAUGAAAUUACGCAAAUAGAGGCUCUUUACGAUGACAACUCUUUUAAAAGUCGGAAGCUUGCUGCUUUAGUGGCUGCUAAAGUAUAUUAUAACUUGGGAGAGUAUGAAUCUGCCGUCAAAUUUGCACUUGCCGCUGAUGAGCACUUUGACGUGAAUGAGAGAUCACAAUUUGUUGAGACGAUAGUCUCACAUAGCAUUGACAUGUACAUGCGUGCCUCUUCCUAUAAUUUUGAAAAUGCAAACACUCCUAGAUCUAUCGACCCUCAACUGACUGCCGUAUUUGAAAGGAUGUUAAAAAAAUGUACUUUAUCAGGCGAGUACAAGCUAGCUUUAGGAAUUGCUUUAGAAAGCUACAGGUCCGACGUCGUUGAGGAAGUCUUGAAAAUGCGUGUUUCGGAGGAUUCAGAUAACAAUGCUCUAAAACUAAUCACCUACGUCCUGGCAGCCGCUUCUACCACUAUAUCGAGCACUCCGUUCAGAGCAGAUAUCUACCACAAACUAUUUGGCAUCCUUAUGUCCAUGAAGACUCCCGAUUAUUUCACAAUCUUAAAGAUUAUCGUCACUCUGAAUGACCUCAAACUCGCUAAAAUUCUAUUUGACAAACUUUCCCAAGAAGAAAACCCCGAAAUUGCCUAUCAAAUUGCCUUUGAUUUGGUGUCGUCUGCAUCCCAAGGGCUGCUUGACGGGCUAGCUAUGACUCUUAAAAACGAACAAUACGAUUCAAAAGUCCUUGAGAUUCUCUCUGGUAUACCGACUUGUGACUACUAUAACACGUUUCUAUCCAGAAACAAAAAUAUUGACCUGAGCCUCUUGAAUAAGACAAAGUCUUCGAUGGACGGAAAGUUUUCCCUGUUUCACACGGCAGUCAGUGUGGCGAAUGGAUUUAUGCACGCGGGGACGACUGAUGAUUCUUUCAUCAGAUCUAACCUUCCAUGGCUAGGAAAGGCCCAGAAUUGGGCCAAGUUCACUGCAACUGCUUCUCUCGGCGUAAUCCACAAGGGCAAUCUUUUGGACGGUAAGAAGAUUAUGGAGCCUUAUCUACCAGGCAGUAGAGCAGCUUCUCGCUACAUUAAAGGUGGCUCCCUUUAUGGUUUAGGACUGAUAUAUGCUGGUUAUGGGAGGGAGAUUCUUGACUACUUGAAGUCUCACGUUGUUGAAAAUAGCUCUUCGGUGGGCGAUGAGGAUGUUGAUGUAUUACUGCAUGGUGCCUCUUUGGGUAUUGGUCUUGCGGGUAUGGGAUCAUCUAAUAGCGAACUUUAUGAAGCCUUAAAAGAAGUGCUAUAUAAUGAUUCCGCCAACUCGGGGGAGGCCUCGGCACUGGGUAUGGGUCUCAUCAUGCUUGGAAGUGGUGACUCUAGCGCUAUUCAGGACAUGUUUGCUUACGCUCAAGAAACCCAACAUGGGAAUAUAUCGCGUGGUCUGGCUAUGGGUUUGGCCGUAAUUAGUUAUGGUCGGAAAGAGUUGGCAGACGGUCUGAUCAAGGAUUUGGUAGAGCACGAAAAUGGCUUGUUACGUUAUGGUGGUGCUUAUACAAUUGCUCUCGCCUAUGCAGGUACUGGUAACAACAAGGCGAUCAAAAAAUUACUCCAUAUUGCUGUAUCAGACUCUAAUGAUGAUGUCAGAAGAGCAGCAGUUAUUGCCCUAGGUUUUGUUCUAAUCCGUGAUUACACCACAGUGCCAAGGCUCGUAGAAUUAUUAGCAGAAUCUCACAAUGCUCACGUCCGUUGCGGUACCGCUUUUGCUCUCGGUAUUUCGUGUGCUGGACGAGGACUACAAGCCGCCGUGGAUCUUCUAUUGCCAUUGACUAAAGACCCGGUCGAUUUUGUGCGCCAAGCUGCUAUGAUCUCCUUGUCCUUGAUUUUGAUUCAACAGACAGAGAAAACCAACGGUAAAGUCAAAGAAGUCAACGAGUUGUUUCUCAGUGUCAUCUCUAACAAACACCAAGAAGGUCUCGCCAAGUUUGGUGCUUGUGUCGCCCAAGGCAUAAUGAAUGCAGGCGGGCGCAAUGUUACAGUACAACUCGAGAAUGUGGAGAUGGGAACUUUAGACACUAAGGCAGUAAUAGGGCUGGUAAUGUUUUCUCAAUUUUGGUAUUGGUUUCCCAUGACCCACUUCUUGUCUCUGUCCUUCACUCCUACAAGUGUCAUCGGAGUUCGGGGUCAGGAUCUAAGCAUUCCUACUUUCCAAUUCAACUGCCACACAAGACCAGAUGUUUUCGACUACCCCCCAUUGUUUGAGGAGGAUAUUGGUAAGAACGUUGAAAAAGUGGCCACCGCAGUCUUGUCCACCACGGCGAAAGCAAAGGCAAGAGCUAAGAAGACUCGUAAAGACACAAAAGAAGGCGGUGAUUCUCAAACAAAAAGAGAAUCGAAGACCGAGCUCAAACCAGAGGUCAAAGAGGAAGCCAAAAAACCUGAGGACGAGGCAAAGGACGACGCACCUUACAAACUUAAGUACGUCAACAAACCAUAUCAAAUUGAAAACGCAUGUCGGGUUGUUCCACAACAACUGAAGUACAUUGCCUUCUCUAAGGAAGAUAGAUUUGUACCUGUGCGCAAAUUUAAAGGUAGCAACGGUGUGGUCGUUGUAAUCGAUAAGAGCCCAAAGGAACCUGUCGAACUGAUAAAAACGACGAAACAGAAAAAGGACGUCGAUGCGCCUCUUCCAACGCCUUUCAAAGUAGAGGACGAGCUAGAGUUUUCGAAGCUUUCAUAG